AUGAAGCCUAUUUGUAAGAACCUCAACUCAGUGUGUCAUAUCAACCCCCCAGCUUCCCCUUCUGCUGACUUAGCACUGUCCACGUCCAUAGUACAGGAGGAAGACAAUAGUCUUGGAGAAGACUUUUUCCCGACAAUGGACCUGAAAGCUGAAGACGAUGACAAUGUCGUUGAAACCCGUGAACUUUAUUUAGUAAACACACCCCGUGACUCUUUGGUGUCUACGGACGUUAUCGUUACCGAUAAUGUUAAUGAAGAUAUUAACAAUGACUUGUCAUCGAGUACGAUAGCCGGUCUUAUGGCUGGACAAUCAGCCGUUUGCUUUCCAACUAAAUUCACAUACGAUUUUUCACCGAGUCCUGGGAGCGAAGAACGUCACCAAAUAACAAUCGGAGUUGGAAAAAGAAAACAACGAAGGUACCGUACAACAUUUACAAACUUCCAAUUAGAAGAAUUAGAACGCGCGUUUCAAAAAACGCAUUAUCCAGAUUUAAAAACACUGAUACAACCUUUAGUGCAAGAGUUGUCUUACAUUAGAAAUGGACAAUAA